UUGUUUACAUAUUUUUGAUGGAAUUAGUGAAUAUUUUAGUUAUUUAAUGGAAAAUCUACACGUUCGUUGCUUUCCUCAUCAAUAUGUUCAGAACACCAUACUGAUGUCGUGACAUGUCUGCUGAACAAAUUGCUUCAGAGCUCUUCAAAAUCCACAAGUUAAAGUUAAAUAAAGCUGUAAGAGUGGGAAAGAGAAUCAUGGAAACCGAAGAAGUGAAUUCGGAAGGAACUUUCAACAGUGAAAAGAGCUCGGAUAAUGAUAUCAAAAGUGAAGAAAUGGAUUUUCAAUGUCAUAUUUGUCUUGAAUAUUUACCAGAUGUGUUGAGUUUCAAAUCUCACUGUGCAGCUCACAAUAAGGAAAGCCAAUCUCCGUAUAAAUGUGAAUACUGUUCUAAAAUCUGUUCUAAUCGAAGUGGGUUACGAAAUCAUAUUAGGAUCCAUACAGGAGAGCGGCCAUUUUCUUGUGAUCUAUGUGGAAACAGUUUUAUUCAGAAACAACAUCUAUUGACCCAUAUGUUGACACAUUCUGGUGAGAAACCUCAUUCUUGUCAUCUCUGUGAUAUGAGUUUUACCACAAGUGGAGGGUUAAAAAAACACAUUCGAACUCAUACAGGAGAAAGACCAUAUUUAUGUGGAAUUUGUAACAGAAGCUUCUCUCAAACAGACCAUCUUCAAGGACACAUGAGAAAACACACUGGAGAAAAACCUUACAAAUGUGAUGUUUGUGAUAGAUCUUUUGGACAACGAGGUUCCUUACAAGCUCACUUUAAAACACAUACAGAAAAUAAGACACAUGUGUGUAAAAUUUGCAGUAAAUCAUUCCAGAACAGC